CUCACACCUUUUCAUGUGACAAGUUCACUAUUCUUUUCUUUCUUCUCAUAUACGGCCUGUGAUUUUCUUCAAUACUCUCUUUGGCCGCCCAAAACCUUAUAUAAAUAAAUACCUAUUUAUUGUAUCUGCAUAAUUUUUUCUUUCUUGUUUUCAAUUUCCUUAUCUUCUUGUUGCAUCUCUUUGGGAAAUAAGCCUCGUUGCGAUGAGAAAUUCAGUCUACAUUUUUGCAUCACUCAUGGUUGCUGUUGCUCUUCUCAUUCCAUCCCCCACAAUUGCUAGAGAAAGCCAAUGGCCUCACUCACAUCAGCACGGCCAUAAUAAUCAUGGGCAGCGGGAAUUAAAACCUGCACGGCCAAGAACAAACAACCCUAGCAGCAGCAACAUAGCAGAACCAAGUGAUUCUGAGGGAGAAAUGAUGGAGGAAAGAAAUGCACAUCCACUUCAAAUAGCUGGGUCGAGAUUGCCUGACUGCUCGCACGCUUGUGGAUCGUGUUCGCCUUGUAAAUUAGUGAUCGUCAGCUCAUUAUGUGCUGCACUUUCUCAGGCAGCAGAAACAUGCCCUGUCUCAUAUAGGUGCAUGUGCAAUAACAAGUCUUAUCCCGUUCCUUGAACAAUAUACACUAGCUUUUACCCUUUUUCCUUCUUUCUUUUUUUCUUAUAUAUAUAUAAGAGAAUGCAUUAUAUAUUUUUAGAUGCUUAGUGUUGUUAUUUAGGCGAUCUUGGCUUACUGUCUUUACGAACUUCUAAUUAACUUGUAAAUCUUGUUAGGAGUGCUCUCUCAUUUUUGUUUGUGUUUUACUGGAGGUUUAAUGGACUGAAUAUAUAACAAGAAAAUCA